AUGGCGACCGCGACGCAGGAGCGCUUGUGGCGGUAUGCCACGUUGGCACAGAGUGCAUCGGCUGCCACGGUCGGAAGUGUGCUGAUAGUGCAUUUGGCUGCGCCGGUCGUCGCGGCCCUCGUACCUGGCCCGAGCGGGGUCGAUCUGGCGAACCAGACCAUGCUGCUCGGCCGCGAAUACUAUCAACAGGCUCUGCUCGAGCCCAUCGUCGUGUGGGGCGCGAUGGGCGUGCAUCUGGGUGCCUCGGCCGUACGAAGGUGGCUGCGUCCGCCGAAGCGCACGUCGUGGCAUGCCCUUGCUGGACUGGCGCUCAUGCCCGUCGUGGCCUGGCACGUGUGCUUGAAUCGACUCGUGCCCAUGACGUCACGCGCCCCCAUCGCCCACUUGUCGCCCUCCGAGCUCGAUAUGGCGCAUGUCGGCGCGGGUCUGCAGACAUUUCCUAUCGUGACGUGGUGUUUCUAUACAUGGCUCUGCGUGGCGGGCGCCGUGCACAUGGUCGGCGGCCUCCCCAAGCUCCGCAGACGCUGUGCACGCACGCGAUCGGCCAUGCAAGCCGGUCUGGCUCUGGCGGGCGUGCUGCUACUAGGCACCUGGGCCAUAGGGCGCUAUGCAACGCACGGCGUAGCGCGCGGCACGCUUGAUCGCAUCGUGUACUGCUACCGCCAAGUAUGGCCGUAUGCGUGGCUACACCGUGCGUGA